AUGGCGGGCGCGCGCGGCGAGCGCGUUUUCGACCCCAUCUCCUUCGGCAAGGACCUGCUGGCCGGCGGCGUGGCGGCCGCCAUCUCCAAGACGGCCGUGGCGCCCAUCGAGCGCGUGAAGCUGCUGCUGCAGGUGCAGGCCUCGUCCAAGCAGAUCCGCGCGGAGCAGCAGUACAAGGGCAUGAUCGACUGCUUCGUGCGCAUCCCCCGCGAGCAGGGAUUUUUCAGCUUCUGGCGUGGCAAUUUUGCGAAUGUCCUCCGGUAUUUUCCAACACAAGCUCUAAACUUUGCUUUUAAGGACAAAUACAAACAGAUUUUCAUGUCCAAAGUGGAUAAAGACACACAGUUCUGGAGAUGGUUUUUGGCCAACCUGGCUUCCGGUGGAGCAGCAGGAGCAACAUCCUUGUGUGUAGUGUAUCCAUUAGACUUUGCCCGGACCCGGCUAGCUGCUGACAUUGGGAAAGGUGCUGCUGAGCGACAGUUCCAGGGACUUGGUGACUGCAUUGUUAAAGUUGCAAAGUCAGACGGAGUCAUUGGCCUGUACCAGGGCUUUGGUGUUUCAGUGCAGGGAAUCAUUGUGUACCGAGCCUCUUAUUUUGGAUGUUAUGACACCAUUAAGGGAUUAUUGCCAAAUCCAAAACAAACUCCAUUCAUUUUUUCCUUUUUCAUUGCCCAAGUUGUGACUACCUUCUCAGGAAUACUGUCUUAUCCCUUUGACACUGUCAGGAGACGCAUGAUGAUGCAGAGUGGGGAGACUGAGCGUCAGUAUAAAGGAACCAUUGACUGCUUUCUGAAAAUAUACCAGCGAGAGGGGCUUAAUGCCUUUUUCCACGGAGCGUUCUCCAACAUCCUUCGUGGAACAGGAGGAGCCCUGGUGUUGGUCCUUUAUGACAAAAUUAAGGAGGUUUUCCAUCUUGAUACUUCAGAUGGUUCAGGAUCUGAUUAAAAUAGUGGAUGAACAUCUAUUCUGUUUGUACAAUGUACAUGAUAGGCUUUUCAUUGUUUUCAUGGCAUGUUUUUUAGUUGAAACGUUACACAACUCAAACUGUAGAAUCAUUUAGAUGUUUCUAUGAAUAAGCAUGUACUAAAUCAAAUACUUUGUUUUGAGGGAACUAGAGAGCACUGUUUUCAUUCAAGAAAUUAAUUCCAGAAAAUGCUUACCUCGUUUAAAGUCCUGAAUGUUUCUGUUUAUUGAUGCUAAAUGUUACACAUCUUGAUUUUACAGUACAGCAUGUGCUUGAAUAUACUUGCUAUCAGCAGCUUACCUAGCCUGUCAGCAAAUCCCAUUGUAAGUAUCUCCACAGUUGAGCUUGCCCCAGUUUCUACAUAAACCACAAUAAAAAGGAAAACCUUAUUCUAGGCUGUUGCUGCUUUACAUGCUUUUUUAAAGACCAGGACAGGCUGGAAAGAAGUUUUAACAGUUUUUUUGAUAAGUUAGCAUUUAGAAAUACAGUAACUCCUACCUCUCUCUCUGUCUCUCCCUCUCUCUCUUUUUCUGGUCUCCUCAAACAUUCAGAAGUCAUUUAACUUUUCAAGCAUAUGUUAAUACAUUAUUUCUUCAGGAAAUGUAAAAUGGUCCAGGAUUCUUCCUUGUAAUAAAGAUAAAUC